GCCGCAGCAACUCGGAUCACCAGAGCUGAACCUCAGCAGAGAUAGCAGCAAGCAGGCACUUCCACGCCGCGCAGGCUAACUCGCUUUCGGCUUUGGUUCGAGAUUGAGACUCGUUGCACCAUGAGGAGCUCCAGCGCCCACAAGUUCAAGAGUGGACUGUCGCUGUGGCUGAUUCUGUGGCUGGUGGUGGUGAAGCCGGGCGGGGUGGGCGCAUGCCCCAGGCUGUGUGUGUGUUACCCCACGCCCAUGACGGUCAGCUGCCAGUCCCAGAACCUCACCAUAGUGCCGGCCGGCGUGCCCUACGACUCGCAACGUGUUUUCCUGCAGAACAACCGCAUCACAGAGCUUCGGGCAGACUCUUUUGGCUUUGAGACUCAGGUUCUGUGGCUGUAUGGCAACAAUAUCACAUGGAUCGAGGCAGGUGCCUUCAGUAACCUCCGAGUGCUGGAGGAGCUGGAUCUCGGUGAUAACCCUUCGCUGCGGCGCCUGGAAGGUGGAGCAUUCAGGGGACUGGAGAAGCUGCAGAGCCUGCACAUGCACCGCUGCAAGCUGGCCGCUCUCCCCCAUGACCUCUUCCACAAGCUGUACAGCCUGCAGUUUCUCUACCUGCAGGAGAAUCAGCUCCACUUUCUGCAGGAUGACCUGUUCUCAGACCUGGUAAACCUCACUCAUCUCUUCCUGCAUGGAAACCGCAUCCGCGCCCUCUCUGAGAAUGUGUUCAGAGGCCUGGUCAACCUGGACCGCCUCCUCAUCCAUGACAACCGCAUCAAGCAGGUCAACCGCCGCGCUUUCCGCGACCUGGGCCGUCUGACCAUCCUUUACCUGUUUAACAACUCCCUGGCCGAGCUGCCAGGCCAGACCAUGAAAGACGUCCAGGGCAUCCAGUUCCUCCGCCUGAAUGGUAACCCCUGGUCCUGCGGCUGUGAGGCUCGUCCCCUCUGGGAGUGGUUCCGCAAGGCCCGCAUUUCCUCCUCCGAGCUCAUGUGCACUUCCCCAUCCCAACGUCGUGGCCAGGACCUCAGAUUCCUCAGGGAGCUGGACUUCGCCCUCUGCCCUCUGCCUGACCCCGGCUCUCUGGCUGGAUCCACCACAACCACCUUCAGCACCAAGACCCGUUGGUGGUUCUCCAAGCACAAGCCUGCAUCUUCAUCCAAGGCCUUGUACCAGAAGAACACAGAGACAGUGAAGGCCUUCCCCUUCUCUGCCGUCAAGCCCCAGUACCUCCCCAAAACCCCAGUCGAAUCCUUCUCCUCCAAGUAUGAACUGUCGGACGAUGAGGUGGCACUCCCCAAGCUGGAACCAGAAGAAUACUGGGCCAAUUACGGUAACGAAGACUCCUCCAUCCGCUGCUUCGAGCUGGAAUGUCCGCCAGGCUACGAUAACCCAGCCUUCCCCUCAUCCUCCUUCUCACCCAUCACUCCAUCCCUCCUCCACCUCCUCUCCUUCUCCAUAGUCACAUUCUCCCUUCAUUUCCUUUUCGGCUGAACUCUUCCCUCCUCCGCACCCUUUUCCUCCUCUGAUUUCUGCCCCUGCUCUUUCCAACUCUAACAAAAACCUGGAUCUCGAUUCCUUUCAGUUACCUCCUCCAAGUGCAGGGGGUGUUUACGCUGACACAGGAGACAGGCAAGGCAGCAGGGAGCUGUUUCAAAGAGCCCAGAUCAGUUGAGCUGAUGUAGAGCAGGACAGGAUUUCAAUUUUGAAGUAGAUGCUGCCUACCAGUACAGGCUUUUAAAAAGCAGGGAUUAAAUCAUGAAAGCUGGCUCUGAUGCACACAGUACAAAGGCAGAAGCCUCCAACAGGAUCAUGGAAUGAUAGAGAUACAACAGAGAGAGCUGGUGGGGUCUCCACAUGUUUUUUUUACACCACAGCUGUAAACAACGCAGGCGUUGCAAUUCAUCAACAGCUAUUUUCUAUAACAACUAUCGCUCACAAUCCAGUCACUGCUAACACUAUCCCUCACUAAUUUACUUUCAUCAUGAAUAAAAGUGGAGAGUGAUAGAUUAUAUGGCUCCACACGAGGUACAAGCAAAAGGUGGAUCAACACAGAUAAUGAGAGACAAAAUCAAUACAGUGUGAGAAGAGUGAGCUUUAGAUAUUCAUCUAAAAGCAGAAAAGGAUGAGAGGAUCAGGGAGAUUCUGCAGCCAAGAGCAGCUCUCCUCUCCUUCACAUUCAAAAUCUUGUUCCUAGAGAUGCCAGCAAACCACCACCACCACCACCCACACUUGUACAUACCACACAUCGUCCCUGUACAUACACCCAUCACACGUUGCUCUGUAUUUUAGACUAUCUGGAUUUGUACUUUAAUUUUAGUACUUUUUAGUAAACGGCAGCUUUUGGUGAUAAAGGAUCCUUAGAUUGUAAAUGGAAGGCAAAUAAAUCAAACUCCUUUUCGGCCCUAGUGUUUUCUAGCCUCUUCCUCUCUCACACAGACCAAAAAACUUGUUCUCAAUUUCCCAGACUGAUGUUAAAAUAAAAAAAAAAUGCAGUGAGGUUAAACAUAUCAGAGCUCACUUUCAGCAUGAGCAGAGAAAUAGAUGUUCAUAACCAAAAAAAAAGGGAAGGGGAGGGUUGUUCUCCUGGUUUAGACUGUUUUGUGUGUGUUUUUCGGUUUUUGUUGUGGUUUUGUGUGAGUGAAAGUGGACUGCUGUGGACGUAAGAGACCAAAGUCCUGAGGAGACCAGUUUGUUGAGGUGUCUUAUGAGUGCCGGGGUAUUUGUGUGUCCCAUUUAACCCUUAAAAAUGUGUCCUUGCUCUGCGUGCCUUGUGCCUGUGUGUGUGUGUGUGUGUGUGUGUGUGUGUGUGUGUGUGUGUGUGUGUGUGUGCGCGUGCGUGUGUGUGUGUGUGUGUGUGUGUGUGUG